AUGCAGAAGAAGGCGAAGUUCACAUAUGACACUGCGGCUGGAGUCGAUUUCGCCUUCAGAGUUGCCCAAUCACCGUCACCGCCAGUGGGUGGGAGAACGAAAGGAAUACCUCCACGAAUUGAAUCCAAAAAGGAGCAUAAGAACCAGGGUGGAAAGGAUGUCAAGUCGAAGGCUGAUAUCAACAGUAUUGCAGCAUUUUUUGGAGCAGGAGGAGCUGCAUCGAAAUCCAAGUCUGCGAUGGCGAAGUCCCCCGCUCCGAUAUCACUGGGGAGUAGUUCCGAGGAUGGCUCAACGGGUCGGCCUAAGUCGGCGAAGAAGAGAAAGCAUUCGCCGGCCACACCGCCGAAGUCCUCAGCUAAGGUGAGGAAGCAGCAUAGGAGUCCGGCGCCGAAAUCAGCCGCAUCGGCGAAAGCGAGAAAAGGAGCAUCCCCUAAGCCUCGCAAGUCGGCGAAGUCGCCGCCACCAGCAGUGACGGAUGAGAAGCCUUUCAAUGGAAAGACGCUUGUCUUUACCGGCAAUUUGGAGCGGCUUGAGCGAGACUUGGCAGUGACUAAAGCGAAGCUAGCUGGCGCAAAGGUCACCACGGCAGUCUCUGGGCGUACGACGUAUCUAGUAGUAGGGUCAGUAUUGGAGGAUGGUCGACCUAUUGAGGAAGGCUCUAAGUUCAAAAAGACGCAAGAGUUGAGGGCAGCAGGGAAGCCGGGACCUAGUUUGUUGCAAGAAAGUGAAUUCAUAGAGAAACUUCAGAAAGCGGGGCUUAUGAAGGCUGGCAAUGUCGCGGUGGAGCAAGUGAAAGUCACUGUUGAUGCGAUCAAGCCGACAUCGUCACGAAAAGACGGCAGUAGUGGUGGCGAUGUGAAGGGAAUCCUAUGGACGGAAAAAUAUAAGCCUCGCACGCUGAAGGAUUUGGUAGGGAACAACGCACCUAUCACCAAGUUGAGAACAUGGUUACAGGACUGGGAAAAGGUGCAUGUUCAUGGACAAAAGAAACCGGUGACAUUCAGAGGGCGUGGGGUACCGGAGAAUGUGAAUGCCAAGGCAGUUUUGGUCUCGGGCCCACCUGGUAUAGGCAAAACCACGGCAUGUCGCCUUGUCGCUCGAGAACUGGGUUAUAUGCCGAUGGAGUUCAACGCCUCCGAUCAACGCAACAAGGCGACUGUUGAUAAUCUGGCUUCAGGACUGGCGACCAAUGCGGUUAUCGGACAGAACUACUCACUCAAGCAGAAGCCGUGUUUGGUUAUGGACGAGGUGGACGGCAUGUCUGGAGGGGACAGAGGAGGAGGAGCGGCACUUAUUCAACUCAUUAAGAAGAGCAAGAUGCCAGUUAUGUGUAUCUGCAACGACAGGAUGAGCACUAAGGUGCGCUCCUUGGCUAACUCCUGUUAUGACAUCCGCUUUACGAAGCCAACGGGAGCUCAGUGUAGCCAACGAGUGGCGGCUAUAGCAAAGUCUGAGGGAGUUCAUGUUGAUACGGACGCUAUGGCGAUGCUGGCGGAACAGCUCGGUGGGGAUAUGCGCCAGAUAAUCAACAAUCUAGAGAUGCUCAGUCUGGCUGCGGAGUCGGGUAAGGCCGCAACGGUAUCGGUUGGUACUCGUGGUGGGGGGAAGGACGUGCAGAAUAUGCUAAGUCCUUUUGAUGUGUGCAAGACCCUCCUUACUUCGACAAUGGCACGGCGUUUGUCCUUUAAAGAGCGGAGUGAUAUGUAUUAUGUAGACUAUGAUUUGAUUCCUUUAUUAAUGCAGCAGAACUACAUCAAAUGUGUUGAGAAUGUGGUUGGGCCGGCAAGCACUCGGGCCUUGGCUGGCAUUGCCAAGGCUGCCGACCUCAUGAGCGAGGCGGAUAUGAUAUCCACAGCUGUUAGGAGCGGUCAGGAAUGGACGCUACUGCCCUCGCACUGCGUCCUUUCAACUGUGGGCCCAUCUUUCUACUGUAACAACUUCAUCGGCUUUCCGGAGUUUCCUCAGUGGUUGGGAGCGAACUCCACUACUACCAAGAACGCUCGACUGGUUCGCGAACUUCGUGGUAUGCUGUCACAGACGACAUCAAUGUCUGCCCGAGAUCUUCGAACUUCGGGCUAUAUGGACCUGCUUUAUGACAGUAUUUUGCAGCCGUUGAAGAACGGCAAGGAGGACACUCACGCUUCGGUGGCUAGCUGUAUUCAACUGCUUGAUCAACUGGGUGUGUCGAAGGAUGGAGUGUUGGAGUGCCUUACAGAUCUAAGACUGCCAACACAACCUGAUGAAUACAAGACGAUUGAUGCUAAGACGAAAAGUGCUCUCACACGGAGUUACAACAAAGGAGCACACAAGUCCAAGGUGCUGUUGCCGGGCAGUGCGCCCAAUAUGUUCAAAGUUAAAGGAGCUGGUACCGCGAAAGGGUCGAAGGGAAGGAAGUCAGCGGCAGUAGCGGGGUCGCAAGACGAUGAACAAGUUACGGUGGACGAGGAAGAUAAAGAAGCCGAAGAUCCCCGAAUGGCUGGGAUAGUCUAAU